AUUUUUUCUCUAAAAUUGGCUUUGAGACAGUGAUCACAUUCAAAACUCUCCUUUUAGUUGAAGAAGCCUCUUUCUCUUUUCAAUAUUUUUUCUACUUAUAAAUAAAUCUAGGUUACUUUCUCAAUAUUGUAAAGUCUCGAAAAAGCUGCGAUUUCUUAUUUCUUUUUCCUUUCCUCACUUUGAUAUCUAUCCUUGGCUUCACUCAUCGGUCCCCUCUAUAUAAACCCCCUCAUUUCUCAUUCACUUGCAAUCAAUCAGUUUUCCUUUUUCUUUCUUCUCCUUUCUUGAUAAAUUUUCUUUUCUAUUGUGAGAGAGAGAGAGAGUUAGUUAUGGGUGAAGUAGUAGUUGUGAAUGUGAGAGAGUUUGAUCCUAAUAAAGAUAGAGAAAGUGUUGAAGCAGUUGAAAAAAUAUGUGAAGUUGGACCCAGUGGUAAGCUUUCCCUCUUCACCGACUUGCACGGUGACCCUAUUUGCAGAGUCCGUAACUCACCAACUUUUCUCAUGCUGGUAGCAGAGAUAGGCAAUGAGACAGUCGGAAUGAUACGAGGUUGUAUCAAAACCGUUACAUGCGGCAAAAAACUCACAAGACCAACAAAAAACAGCACAGAAACAAAUCAAAAUUCCAAUCAUGUCCCUGUUUUCACAAAACUAGCCUACGUUUUAGGCUUAAGAGUUUCUCCAAAUCAUAGAAGAAUGGGAAUAGGGCUAAAACUGGUAGAGAAAAUGGAACAAUGGUUUCGUGAAAAUGGUGCUGAGUAUUCUUACAUGGCUACUGAAAACGAUAACGUUGCAUCAGUUAAACUUUUCACCGACAAAUGCGGUUACUCAAAGUUCCGUACACCGUCAAUCCUUGUUAACCCCGUUUUCAAACACCGUCUCAAAACAUCAUCGUCCAAAACAACAAUCCUUAAACUCACACCAAACGACGCUGAAACACUUUACCGUUACAAAUUCUCCACCACUGAGUUUUUUCCUCGUGACAUUGAUUCUGUUUUGAAAAACAAACUCACCCUCGGAACCUUCUUAGCCAUUCCAAGAGACGGAAAAUAUGGGGCCGGAUCAGAUAACUGGUCCGGCUCCGAAAGCUUUUUAAUGGACCCACCGAGUUCGUGGGCUUUAGUAAGUGUUUGGAACUGCAAAGACGUGUUUACCCUUGAAGUAAAAGGCGCAUCGCGCGUGAGACGUGUGUUAGCAAAAACAACUCGACUGAUAGACAAGGCUUUACCUUGGUUAAAAUUACCUUCGAUUCCGAAUUUUUUCAAACCGUUUGGGUUUCAUCUAAUGUAUGGAAUUGGUGGGGAAGGAGCAGAAGUGUUGAAGAUGGUGAAAGCUUUGUGUGGUUUUGCUCAUAAUCUUGCAAUGGAAAAUGGGUGUAGUGCUGUGGCAACUGAAGUUUCUAGCUGUGAACCGUUACGUUUUGCUAUUCCUCAUUGGAAGGUUUUGUCUUGUGAAGAAGAUUUGUGGUGUAUUAAGAGAUUAGGAGAAGAUUAUAGUGAUGGUUCUGUUGGUGAUUGGACUAAAUCCAAACCUGGUUUCUCCAUUUUUGUUGACCCUAGAGAGUUUUAAUUAAGUUUUAACUUCUAACUACAAAUUAGAAGAAUUAAUUAGGUAGUUUCUUUUCUUAUUAGAACAAAAAAAUAUUAGCAAGUUUUUUUGUUAAAUUCUACUUUUUAUUAUUUAUAUUAUAUAGUUGUAAGGAGGGAGGUGUUAAUGUGAUAUGUGACAUGUCAUGUCACUCAUCAGAUGUGAAUUUUGAUUGUAAAGGAACAAGGAAUAGAAUAUCCCUCUUUUUUUAUUUUACUAGUUAA